CCUCGCCUCGGCCCUGGCGGAAACUGACGCCCUGGAAGAGAGGUUCCGGGGUUGGCCGGGGCUGGCGGCGGCGGGAUGGAGAGCGGGGCCGAGGACGCGGGGCUGAGCCGCCGCCCGGUGCUGGCCUCCUCCUGGGACGCCGCCUGCGGAGCCCUGGCCCAGAGCCUCCGCCUCACCCGCGCUGACCUCGGCGCCCGGGAGCUGGACUGGGACGAGCUGCUGGCGCCGCCUGCCGCGGGCCGAGAGCUGGUGGUUUUGAGGACAAGCCCGAGCAGCCCUGACGAAAAGCCCUGCUUCCUUUACCUGAGAUGUGACCCUAAAGCAGGUGAAGAAAUCGCUUCUGUUGGCGUCUUGAGUUCAGCGAGAAACAUGGAAGUGUACGUGGGAGAGGAGUACUGUGGCACCAGCAGGGGCAAGAGUGUGUGCGGUGACCUGGGCGGCAGGGAGCACGAAACUAUUUUCUAUAUGAAAUAUUUAAAAUUGGAGUCCUGUAGUCAUGCUUGUAAAAUAAAGUUGCUCUCCUUUGGUGAAAAUCAGUGUGUAUUCAUCAGUAAAGUUGUGGUACAAUUGAGGCGGGUUUCAGCAAAUUCUUCAACAAGCUCUCCUGCUCUAGGAUCAAGGAUAGACCUGCAGAGGGUCCAAACUCUCAUGGAGGCCAUGGGGUCAAAGUUGUCACCUGGCGCUCAGCAAUUGAUGAAUAUGGUUCGAUUUCAGCAGCAGAAUUGUGUUCCCAUUGGAGAGCAGCUUCAGUCGGUUUUGGGAAAUCCUGGUUACAAACGCAUGAUGGACCUGCAGUCCUCAUCUGCUUCAGGAACUUUAGACAAGUCACCCUCCACGCCUUUCCCUUUUAGAACUGGAUUGACAUCCGGAUCCCUGGCUGAAGACUUAAAAGCUUAUAUUGAUAAAAGUCUGCAGCCACUUGGUGGAGGAAACAUGACAGACCUCAAAGAUUAUAACGUGGUGCCACAAAACCAUUCUCUUCUUGAGAAUGACCUCAGAAAUGCAGUUUCUUCUUUCCUACCGAAGAAAGCAAGUGAUCACUCAACUCUACUUAACUCUGAGUUGCCGCCUUUUCUCCAGAAGUGUAGUCAAGUUAACCAUCUCCGUGUGGGACAUAACACCAAGUGGCAGGGAAGCAUCACUAAGGCCAGUGAAGGCGUUGUUGGUGUUGGAACGGAAGAGCAACCUGUGUGUUCCUACUUAGAAAAGAUUCUCACUAAAAACUUGGAACUGAUGGAAAAGAGACUCGUGGACUACGUCGACCAGCGACUGUGUAAACUCCAAGAGCACAUGGACGCCAAGAUUGCUCUGUUAAUGGACCUGCUGCAGAGUCCCUACUCCCCACCCCCGGGGACCGCCCUCAGACCCUGUGACUCUGGAGAAAGACUUUCAAAUGGAGAAAGAUAAGUGCUCAACCUUAUCUGUGUGCUACAGAUAUUUAUUACGUAUUUAUUGCAAAGCCUAAACCCCCAAGGUUCAAAGCAAGUAUUUCAUGUCAUUUGAGGAUCAUCCUCUCCCUUCCAUCAAGUGACCUCCGUGUUCAUUUGAACUCUACUUGUUACUGUAAAUCCAGUACUGUGCACUAGGAUUAAUGGGAUAGGGUCACCUACUAUUUUUGUUUGCAAUAAUGUUUACUUUUAUUUUUUAUUUGUAUUUACUUUUAUUUUUGUUUAAGUGUUUUAACUUUUUUUUACAAUUUGUAUUUUAAUUCAUGAAUCUGUUUUAUAUAUGUGUUUAAGUGCUGUUUUAAUUUAUACAAAGGCCCUAUGUUUUAGGUGCGUGAGAAAAGUACAGUGUUUGAUAUAUUUUUAUCUAAUUGAUUGUUCUUAGAAACCUUAGACUAUUUAGGCCUUGCUUGCAACCUUUAAUUCCCAGUCACCAAAUUACAUUUCAUAUUGUUUAUUUCAGAUAAAAAAUUAAAUGUGUUUCUGCACCUUUAGUUUACAUCGGGGCCAUUAUUUUUAUGUUCUGUCACAUUGAAGCUAUACUGUGGGUAGGGGAGAAACAUCAAACUGGCGCUUUUUUUGUUAAGAUUAUUACUUUAGAUUUUGCGUUUGAUGUAAAACAGGAGAAGUCAUCUUGUUUUAUUUCAGUAAACACAACUUUUUUGAGUUGAUAGUGGUUCUUCUUUCCAUAGCCCUUCCCUGGUACGUUUAACAUGUGAAGUGCUGAGCCUCUGCAUGCAAAGAUGAAGGCAUAUGAAUCAAGAAGAUUGUGCCUUGGUGGCGGAUGUAAUUUUCAGAAAUUAUGACUAUUUUAUGUGUCUUGAGGGCUGGUAUAUUUGCAUCUAAAAAAUAAAUGCAUCUACUCUGGAAAC